AUGGCGUAUCGGUACUCUCAUUCUGAGGAAGGUCAGUUAUCGUCUCACUGGGGAAAAAAAACUAUGCACUAUCUGGGGGUCAAGAUACGAGAUCCCAAUGAAAAUGGGAAGACUGCAGUGGCAAUCAUUGUAAAAGAUAUGAAAGGGGAAGUAAAAGUUGAACACCAUGGUGGGAGAAGAACUGCAAAUAGCAGCAAUUGCACCAUGUUCAAGUCAAGAAAGAAGCCUUACAAGCAGGUAACAGAGCCUGAGAUAGUCGGUAAACCUUAUGAGCCAAUCACAAUUAUAGAAAUUGUUAUAUUGUGUAAGUUUAAGACAACUGUAACACUCCAUCCUUUGGCCAUGUCCCCACCAGACAUUGCUCGACAAGAUGCAGACAAGCCAGAAAUGGAAGUGGCUGUUUCAGUUCCUGAUCCACUACUCUCUGAGUCUUAUUUGCUGGACAGCAAUUUAUUGAAAGUUACAGUGGAAGCUUUGUAUUCAGCCCCUGACUCCUGGAACCUAUCUGGACCUCCUUUUAAUUAUGUCAUUAGCCUUCAGUUGCCAAUGAUCGGUGAGAAAGAAUUUGCCCUCAUAUUUGCCAAUGGAGUUCUCAAAUCUGGUACAGAAAAGGAGCCCUCAAGUAGACCAAAAAAGUGGCCCCAAGGGAACAUUCUUGCACCAGGAGCUCAGUAUAUUCCAGAAUCUUUCAUUCAAAGCACCAGCUAUGAAGAAGAGGAUGGAGAGCUGAACCGGAAGGAGGACAGAGACUUUCGGCUGGAGGCAGAGACUGACAAAAGAAGAGUGAUGUGGGAUACAGAACGGCGAUGUUUUAUUGACCCUGCAGCAGUGCUAUGUUUUCAGAAAAGGAUAGCAGAGUGCAGGUUCUGGCCCAUUGAAAUCAUGAAGAUACCACAGAUUGCUGGAGUUAAGGGAGGAGGAGGAAAACCAGGAAAAGGUGAAAAGGCAGAAGAUGAUGGACAAAUAUCUUCUCAUGGUGUUGCAUAUAUAAACAUGGCUCCACUGCUGUACCCUGGGGUACAACGCAUUCGGGGUGCUUAUCAGGUUGUGGCUUUUAAUGAAGCAGAAGUAUUUUCAAAGACAAAGCGUCAGCAUAGUGUGCUUCGAGAGGUGGUACGGCAGGGCAGUGUUAUGGGCAAAGCAGGUGGACCCAUUAGUAUGGCCUCACCUUCCACUAGACAGGGCCCUGCCAAAGGAAGCAAGGAUGACAAAGCAACAAAGGAGAAAGAAACUCUAAAAAAGGCUUCAGCUAUUCUAAAACCAUCAACAUCAGAGACAGUAGCAGAUGUAGAGCAACCUGUAAUUCUGAACCUGGAGGGACAGCAAUAUGUUGAUGCGAAGUCCUACAUAGUGGUGGAAUUUGCACUGGAAAAGCCCUUGGUACCAAAGAGACCACCAGAGGAGUUGGCUACAAGGGUCAAAGAGCUUAUCCCUCCAAGACCAGCACUCCCACAUAGAACUGCAGGAGCACAAAAGGCAGUGAAUGAUUACCACAGUCAGAUCACUAGUAUAGCAGCUGCAGUACUUGAGGAAUAUCAAGAACUCUUUAAACACGACCAGGGAAGAGAAACACCUGUAGAUUACCAGACCCUGGAAGAACAGAAACGCAAACUUAAUUAUGAGCUCAACUUCUCUGGAAAAUAUUUUGCCUUCAAGGAACAGCUUAAGCAUGCAGUGGUAAAGAUUGUAAGAGAAAAAUAUCUUAAAACAGUUCCAUUUGAAGAUAUGGAGCAGCUGCAAACCUUCCUAAGUGAAUUAUACAUUUACUUGGUGGAUCAGAUGCAUAUUGCACUAAACAAGACUCUUUCCAUGGAUGUGCCAGACCCUGUCCCACAGAGCUUUCUUGACUUAGCACAACUCAAACACUUUGCCCGGGAGGCUGAAAUUAAUGAAGACUUUAACCUUGCAGCCAAGUACUACAAAGAGAGGCUGGCCCGUGAUCGCAACAAUCCUGACCACUGGUUCGAUUAUGGAUGCUUUUGUCUGUUGAUCUCUGAUAACGGUAAAGCAGAGGAAUGCUUUCAUGAAGCAGUUGCUUUGGAUCAGAGACAUCUAAACAGCCUACUGCUUUCUGGUGUUAUGGCAGCACUUGGCGAACAGUACAAGAAUGCAGAGACUUUCUUUGAAGAUGCUACUUGUAUUAACCCAGGAAGCAUUCUGGCAUGGACCUUGCUAGGUUUGUUUUAUGAGACUGAAGAAAACAUUAUCGGUUCAGAAAUGGCUUUUCAAGAAGCUAAUAAGCAGCUUCAAAUACAGAUGUCAUCCAGACAAUCUACAGAAGAAGCCAAGGUCAGCUUACGAAGAAAUGUUGAAGAUUUUGAGGAGACUGGUGAAGUUUCUGGCCCUGAAAAAGGUCCUAAGGAAGGAGAUGCAGCUUUUGAAGGAGCUGGCAUAACAGAAAUUGGCACAGCUAGUGCUCCUGAUGACUCCACCUCUGCCUCUGUCAGCAGCAAACAGCCAGCAGGCUUAGUUCACAAAUCAGGCUCAGCAACAACCAUCAAGAGCAAAAAGGCUCCUCAGAAAGGGCCAAGCAAAGGCAAUGAUAGUGAAUCUGGUACCAUGAUGCAGUAUCAUACAAAUGGUAUUCUUCCAAAAAUAUCUCCUCAGGAAUCAAAGCUAUCAGAAGUUUCUGCACAACCCUGCACAACAAUCUAUAUCGAGACAGCUCACUUUCUGCUUCAAGUUAAUGCUCUUCCAUUUGUCCAGAGAGCUCUUGCACAUGAGUUGCUGUGUCCUGAAGGAGGUCCCAGUUGCAGGUACCACAUAGCACUAGCAAGAUUCCACUUGACAAGGAAAGAAUUUCAUGAGGCUGAAGAGAACUUAGAGAAAGCAGUACAGAUCAAUCAUCGGGACCCUGAUGCUUGGGCUCUAACAGGACAUCUUCAGUACUUAAACAAAAACUAUGCUAAAGCUAAGGAGUGCUAUGAACGCACUACACAUUUCAUCACAGAUGCUUCAGAGAUGCAUCCAGUUUAUCUGAGGCUUGGAUCUAUUUACCUGCAAGAGGAAGAGUAUGAAAAGGCAAAGAAUACCUACCUUAUGGCUUGCAAGAAUUCCCCCUCAUGUCUCUCCUGGUUGGGGGUGGGGAUUGCCUGUUACAGGCUUGAAGAGUUGACUGAAGCAGAAGAUGCCCUUUCAGAAGCCAAUGUCCUGAACAAUACCAAUGCAGAGGUGUGGGGAUAUCUGGCCUUGGUUUGCUUACAGACUGGGAGACAGCUAGAAGCUGAGCAGUCAUUUAAGUAUGCUGUAAAGCUAAACCUGCAAAAUGAGGCACUGCUUCAAGAGAUUCAUAGACUUCAAGAACUGGUUGGAUUUGGCAACCCAGCAUUUUAAAUCUCAGGAACUUUCACUGAAUACAGGAGCAUGUUACAUUAUUGUUGUUUAUAACAGUUCUGCCAAAUGGUAGUAAUCACCUAAAACAUAAAAUUGAUUAAAAUGUUAGAAAUAACUUUAUAUAAAAUGGCACAAGAGAUCUGCUAUGAUAAUGCAGUCUUACAUGAAAAUAAUUUGUUUCUGUAACAGUACAAUAGAUAGAAUAAUACUAUCUCUUUGUAUUAAAAUAUCCGAUGUCUGGGUGAAAAUCAAUAAAAAUCCCAGGAUGACCCCAGUAUUCAUAAUUUCUGCGCAUCUUUAUUUUUUUUAUCCUUUAUAGUAUCAAAAAUUAUUUCAUUUAUUUAUGCCUUGCUGAUGGUCUUGAAUAAAGUGACAAAUAUAUUA